AUGGCGGAUAAAGCGAUCAAGAUCAGCGACGAACGUCGAUGUAAGUAUGUUUGCACAUAUACUGUCCCGUCCGGAACCGCGGCUGAAAGUUGCAGCCAUGCUCGUUUCGAUGAUGGAUCAGGCCAAUUGUUGGAAGAGCGCCUUAAUCUUGCAAAGUACAGACUACUAGUCCUAGACACCACCAUUGAGAUCAAACCAUGUCAUGUCAACGGGCGAAUGAGGAUGUGGCGUGAACAAGAAAAUGGUGAACUCAAUGAUAAAGUAACGAUCCCAUCGAAGACAAACAGAGCGUGGCGGUACAACGGGGCUAAGAAAGUGGUGAAGACCCUUACGACAUACAACAAGGGGGGGGGGGGGGGCGCGAGGCGCAGGCUGUUCCUUGCUUUGUGUAGCAAGAAGAUUAUGAAACUCUAUAACUAUUAA